UCUCCCUCUUCUUAUGUCUGUAAGUCUAUCUACUAUUAAAAUCUAUAUUGAGAUUGAUAAAAUAAAACAUCUAAAUAUGUGAUGUGAGGGUAGCUCAAACGCACCAAAUUGGAUCAAUUCUUCUAAUCCGUGUGCAAAGAUACAAAGUGAUAAGAUAUGAUUACUUUUGCUUAGUCAUAACUCAUGACUUUGGGUUUUAUGCAUUGAUACCCCUAAACUUUUAGAAAUGGAAAAAUGUUGGGGUGGAGCUGCUCUUAGCUUAAUACAGCUAGAAAGGAAUUUAAAGUAAGUAAUACAUAGAUCAAAAGGAAGGCAGGAAAUUCCCUUGGGUCGGUGACUGAGCAAGGUUGGUCAAAACGAAACAAACACUUAAAAAGAAAGAAUCAAAACGCAAACAUCAGAUCUUCUCAGAUGUCCUAAAGACACACACCACUUCUCAUCUUUUUUCCAUCUCUCACAGACCAGAUGUGACAGUUUUUCUACAAAAUGGAUGAAUAUGACAGGGAUACCGGAGUCGAAGAAUUGGUUAACAGAAGUCUGUUGACUCCCAACAAAAAUGAAGAGCUUCUUCUCAACAAGCUGCAGGGACUGGUUACAAAUAUGAAAUGGAGCCCAACGGAUGCCACUGACUUGUUCAUUGCUCUGCUGAAGCGAUUUGAGAGAUCAACAACAAAUGACAGAUUACAUCUCCCGCUAUGGAUGUUGAAAAUGUUGCAUUGUAUAGAGAUUAAUUACAUUACUCCCAGCUGGAGACCUGAAAAAGGAAAAACACUUAUCGAGCUGGUCCGAGACGAGACUGUAACAGAUGAAAACCUCAAAAAAUGUUUAGCAGAUGAUCCAGAAAAGAAUCUGGAUGAAAUUCUUGAGGAAAUCCGCCAACAGAAGCUCAACGAAAUUGAUGAAAAGCUUUUAGAUGAUGUGAGAGACAUCGUGUCAUCAGUUGAUGAAGAUCUUACAUUACACAAUGAUGGAUCACAGCGGAGUGGUUUGAAAAAAGACUUGCUAGAGCUCUGCCAGGCAGCAGAAAAAACUCACUUCAGACCACGACUGACACAGAUGGUGAGCUGGUGUAUCAUGGCUCUUUCCAAAACAGGGCGGUUAGUUCAGGUCGGCACUGGAGAGGGGAAGUCAUGUAUCGUGGCAAUGUUCGCAGCUUUUACAGCUAGGAGAGGAAAAAUGGUAGACGUCAUGUCCAGCUCUCCUGUUCUAGCUGAGAGAGAUUUGAAAGAAUGGCAAAAGUUUUAUGAAGAUUUGAACAUCAGUGUAGACUGCAACACCAACAAACAAGACAAAGAGUUAAAAAAGUGCUAUGAGUGUCAGGUUGUUUAUGGCACUGUGGAGGAGUUUGCUGGAGACUGGCUUCGGCAUCACUUUCAAAGGAAGGACAUAUUUGGGCAAAGAAAAUUCCAGUGUGCAAUUGUGGAUGAAGUGGAUUCCUUGAUGCUAGAUAAGGGUCUUCAUGUGGUUUAUAUAAGCAGUGAUAUGCCUGUUUUGCAACAUCUCAAUCCACUCUUGGCAUUCAUAUGGGCCACUGCUAAUCAGUUCAGUAAGAUUGGCACAGAGACAACUGUGGGGAGAAAAUACCCCUUCCAUCAUGUUGUGCUUGAAAACAUAACAAAGGGCAAAUAUGUUGAUGAGUUCACCAUCCUCCAAAUGGCUGAGGACACAGGUAUACUGGGAAAAGGUUCUGUUAGGGACUUUAGAAAGAACCCGAGCCUUUUAACUGAAAAAACUGCAAGCGUUACUGUUAACCAGCUGGCAAAGUUCUUUGAGACAGCAGAGAGUAGAUUCCCAUCUUGUCAGUUUGCUCUGCACUGCGUAAACAAUGAUGGAGCAAUAGAGGAACUGAACAAAGGACACCAAAUAGAAAUGGCUGGAAGACAGAGAGUACCACUGCUUUUAAGGAAUGGAGGCUUCUGUCAGUACAUGUAUUCUGGUGAAGAGAGUGUACAGAGAGCUGCAGAAACAGAAAUAAAACGUGCUCUGCAUUUUACACCAUGUGAACUGAGCCAAGAUAAAAGUAGCUGCUACGUCCCGGGCUUCCUCUCAGAUCUGGUCAAAUCUAAACUAAAGGUCUGGAUUAAAAAUGCAUUCUACGCACAAACAAUGACCAUGGAUCAUGAAUACGUCGCUGAGACACAUGGGAUAGUGCCUGUUGACUACAGCUGCACGGGUGUUGUUGAAAACAACAUGAAAUGGUCAGAUGGGCUACAGCAGUUUCUUGAAAUGAAACAUCAGUCCAAGCUGAGUGACAUGACAGCCAUCACAAACUAUAUGUCCAAUGUUGGCUUGCUUCAAAAGUAUGGAGAUCAGAUCUUUGGAAUCUCUGGGACUCUUGGCCAACAAGCUGAGACUGAGACCUUGCAGAAAAUCUACAAAGGGAUCAAGACCUGUCAGAUACCUUCAUUCAAACGCAGAAAGCUUUUUGAGGUUGAAGGAGUGAUCGUAGAUGAUGAAAAAGAAUGGAUUGAAAAAAUCUGCCAUGUUGUCAUUGCACAAACUAACCCUACUCCAUACAGGGCUCCAAGAGCUGUGUUGGUCAUCUGUGAGACCAUCAGUCGAGCAAAGGUUAUCCACCAAGCUCUAGGAGGCAAGGUCCCCAACAGAAAGCUUUACAUAAACAACAACACGGACAAUACAACUAUCUUAAAAGAGCUUCAAGCUGGAAACGUAAUCACAGCAACAAACCUUGCAGGUCGUGGAACAGACCUUAAGGUUUCAGACAACAUAAAGGAAGCUGGAGGUUUGUUCGUUGUGCAGACCUUCCUGCCAAAAAAUGCUCGAGUGGAGGCGCAGGCAUUUGGCCGCACUGGUAGACAAGGAUCUCCUGGGUCUGCUCAGCUCAUUGUCUGCUCCAGCCAUCUGUCUAAAUCACUGACAUCAGUUGACGUAUUGGGCAAACUUCCAUCUUUACUGCAAAAUAUGACAGUCGUGGCACUUGAUCACAAUCUCUUUGUGAAGCAAUUGAGGAUGUAUCAAAUGAGCAGAGAUGAAGAAUCUUUCAUGUCUUUGGCUUGUAUAGCGCUGCAUAUUUUGACAGAAACCUCAUACUCAAAAAUAAAGACAGUUAAAGUUGCCAGACAUGACCAUGUGGAGAAAUCACUACCUAGAUUCUUAGAGUGUGACAUCCCCGUAAUAAAGAAGAAAGAAGAGCUCUUUAGUCAGUAUCUGGACGUACUAGAUGAAGUGUACAAAAGCAGUAACAACAAGCCAGCAGACUCAGAUUUGUCUGCACUGAAUGAAUUCUGGGGAAUGUGGCUACUCACCAGCUUCAAUGAGAAUGAUUCCAUCAUGGAGUUAAAAAACAAACUAACUGAAGACCUGAAAACAGCCAGGACAAAACUCAGACAGAGAGAAUCACCCUUAUCAAACCUGCACUACUACACUGCAUUUGGCAAUGAGCUGCAGGAAAAGGGACAUCUCAGAGAGAGUAUCGAGAUAUACACUAAGGCCAUACGUCAGGACCACUGCUGGGCAGCAAUUGCAUAUUACAACCGUGCAUUUGCAUCUCUAACCCUGAAAGAUGGGCAUCAGGAUCCAAACUGCAUCAAUCAAGCUUUGGAAGAUUUAGAAAAUGCCCUCAGGUCUGUUGAGCUUUACUGUGAACAAAUUGAGGUCACUCAGAGAUACUCCAAACAACAAGUCAAAGAACUCCACAGUGAAUCAAUCACCAGAUUUGACAGUCAUAUCAUAGCGAGACUCAAGAGACCCUUUGAAGAUGCGCCAGCUCAUCAGUGA